UUCCAGGUUGAUGGUCAAACAAUGAAAGCAAUGGAAAGGGAGGGCGCCGGCCGGAGAAGUGUAACAUAUAAAGGUCAUUUUCAGUGGCCAUCUAAAAGCAGCGUAUUAACAACACCCGAACGAAAACGUUCAAGACGUUCUAUGAGUUUCGCCGACUCCGGUUUAGGUUCAUCGAUAUUUGGUUCACCUCCCUCGAAACCAAUCACUAUGUUAGACACUGCACCUACAUUAAAGACACCUACAAGGAAAAAGUCACCGAAUACGACUUCACCUUCCUCACAAUCACCAUUAAAGUCUUUUCUCCACGUGUCUGCAUUUAGCGAUGCUUUCUGUCCACCAGAGAAUUGUUCGCCUCCGUCGAAAUUCCGCUUAUCAGAUCCCGGCAAAGCUGUUGAAUACAGAUUUAGUGGGACAAGUGUGCCAGAAAAUGAAACACCUAUCAAUAUGGCGGACGAUGCAUUAAAUGGAGCAAUACCGUCUACUUCUUUCAAAGACUCAUCUUUCCGGCCAUCACUUGAUGAUGAAAAUGACGACAACGUUACGGACUCCGUUAUUUCAUAUGGGAUGGUGGAAACGCCAAGUAAAGGGUUUAAAAAUGAAAUGAAUAUAGCUGCAGGCUUCAUUGAUGAUAGCUUUUCAUUGCUUACAUCAACCCCAUUGCAUAUCAGUCCAAACGAUGAAAUUUCAAGGAGUCAUGCCUUCCUACCUUCACAUUAUACCAUACCUGAACAAGCUAAUGGUCCACUGGAAAGCAGUUUGUGUGAGCCAGUCGAUCAGUUCAGAUUACACACCGCUGGCUUCUUAUCUCCUGUAAAAAGCACUGACAAUGAAGCUAUAGUUCUACCAGUAACGAGGAUAAGUCAACUAGAAAAGGCAAACCUGUCGCAACGAAGGGUUGAACAGUUCUACCCGAGAUUUGUAAGUAAUUCAACAGCUGCAAAUUCAAGUCGGGUGUGUCUUCGUGAAACCAACUACAAUAACAGGCCAUUCAGGCCGCCAGUAAGAGCGCUUAAAGUGGUAAAACUUUAG